AAAACACGGGCCGCGUAUAAUUAAAGUGAAUUCGAGGCAGUUGCACAACAUGCAAUAGGAAAAUACCGGAGGAGAGCCGCAUAAAAUGUCACAAAAGGAAUUGGCGGCACUGGUUGCCUCUCGCACCAGCCGGAAGCGUACCGUACCCUCAACCAAUCGUUCGGAACCAAAGUCCAUCAUAGAGAUACACAUAUCCAAUGACUCGUCAUCGUCGACCGCCAAGAGAGCUUGCCGUGGCACGGAGAACAAGGUAGAGAGGCAGGAACUACAGCAAGAACCAGAGAAUCUUGGUCCACCGCCUCCGCUGACUAAAGAGGAGGAGCAGCGGCACAAGGAGUACCGCAGCAGUUGCUCAAUAUUUCUGCAAGAUCUGCCCUGCUUCAAGCUGCAGCAGGCACAGCAGAUUCCCAAGUGCCGGGAGUGCAGGAGGCGAAACGUAGUACCCGGUGCGGAGGGCGAAGGCAACACUGGCAACGAUGUUUACUGCCGCUUCUAUGAGUUUCGGCGCCUUCAGUAUAAUGAUAAAGGAGACUUGAAUGUGGCGGGAUUCCCAAAUCCGUAUAGCGAGCCCACACCGGAGGACUAUGCUAUUUGGCAGCCCGAUGGGAAAACUGCGCCGACCAGCGGCUUUAUGGACAUACAGGUGUGCAGGUACAUCCUGCUCCAUGCAGGCGAUCAGUUCUGCUAUUUGUGGCGCCAGGAGGCGGAGGCCCUGCGGCUGCAUGAAAAUCCCGACGGCACUAUUGCCUGGAAGAAGGCUGUGCAGGGAAUACGAGAGAUUUGCGACGUGUGCGACACCACGCUGUUCAACUAUCACUGGACGUGUCGCAAGUGCGGCUUUGGGGUGUGCCUGGACUGUUUUAAGGACCGCAAGGACGGCAAGCAGCCAUUACGGCGCCUGGAGAAUGCUCUCCAGAAGGGAUGUGACGAGUACCACUGGCUGCUCUGCACCGAUUUCAGUGGCCCGCAGGAGCACGCCGUCACCGAGCUGAUGCUGACGCAGAUCAUAGCCGGGGAUGCCCUAAACGUUUUAGGCAGGAUGUUGCAUGAGGUGCGGACCUUGUGGCAGGUGCCGCAGGUGUGCGGCUGUCUGCUGAGCAAGCAGUCCGUGGACGAUGCCCAGCUGGACGAGCUCAUCCAGGACAUGAUCAAGGAGUCGCAGCUGAAGCAGCACACCAGCUUCUCCUCCCUGGCUACAGAGCAGAAGCUGCACCAGCAGCAGCGAUUGGAGCAGCUGCACGCUAAAAAGCUGGAGUUUGCCCGGGAGCGAGGCAUUGAUUAUGUUCCUGGACGCGUCUGGACCAAGGAGACCCUGGGAAAGGAUCCCAUUACAACGGCUUUUGACAAUUUCAAGCACAUAAAUUUUUUGAGAAAGGGACUGGCUGGCUUGCGAAGGUUUCUCCCGCCAAGGGCCAUGACUUUGGCGCACUCCACUCAGUUGGCACCUGGCGUACCGCACGAGUGGCUAUGCGACGGCAAGCUGCUGCGACUCACGGACGCCAUGCAUCCGGAUAACCGAGUCCUUUACCAGGAGGUGUGGAAGUGCGGUCAGCCCGUUAUGAUCUCGGAGGUGGCUCGCUCAUUGAAUCUGGACCUGUGGCAUCCACAGGCCUUUUGCCGUGACUUUGGCGAUAAGCCCAAUGAUCUGAUCAACUGCCUGAAUGGCAACCUGGUGCCCAAUCAGCCGAUGCGGCACUUCUGGGAGGGAUUCCAGUGCAUAACAAAGCGACUGCUGGACGCUAACGGCAAGCCUAUGCUGUUAAAGCUUAAGGAUUGGCCCCCGGGUGAUGAUUUCGCCGAGAUCCUGCCCACCAGGUUUGCAGAUCUAAUGAAGGGACUACCCAUGCCGGAGUACACACUGAGGACUGGAAAUCUAAAUAUUGCCAGCUGCUUGCCCAAGAUGUUUGUACCUCCAGACUUGGGGCCCAAGAUGUACAAUGCAUACGGCUCAGCCUUGCAUCCAGAUAAGGGAACGACCAAUCUUCAUUUGGACAUCUCGGAUGCGGUCAACAUAAUGGUUUAUGUGGGCAUUCCCCAAGAUGAGGACAGCAAGCCGCAAAUGGCGGCCACUCAGAAGGCAAUUGCCCUUGGCGGAUGCGAUUAUAUAACCAGAGCUCGCUGUCAAAAUCCUGAUGUAUUGCCAGGUGCUCUAUGGCACAUAUUUCCAGCGCGCGAUGCUGACAAAAUAAGGGAUCUUCUUAACCGUGUGACCCUUGAGAAGGGCUUUCGCCUGGAGCCGGACCACGAUCCCAUUCAUGAUCAGAACUGGUAUCUAGACGACAAGCUGAGGACCCGUUUGUUUAAGGAGUACGGCGUUGAAGGACACCCCAUUGUCCAGUGCUUGGGGGAUGCAGUCUUUAUACCGGCCGGAGCUCCCCAUCAGGUCCAGAAUCUUCACAACUGCAUCAAGGUGGCCGAGGACUUUGUCUCGCCGGAGAAUAUAACCCAUUGCUAUCAUCUCACCCACGAGUUCCGGAGGCUCUCCCAUUCGCACACAAAUCACGAAGACAAGUUGCAAAUUAAGAACAUUAUCUACCAUGCCAUCAAGGACUGCUGCACCAUUCUGACUCGGGCAUUGGAAGAGCGCAUAGAUGCGGAAAUGGCCAAGCUAAAGGCAGAUUAGAGUUCAUCAUUUCCCACCUGAUGUUUCUUUUUUUUAAUUUAAUA